CUCACUCCACCCACCAAAUUUCGCACACAAUCUAAAGUUCACAAGGACUCUAGAUUAACACUCAUUUUCUCGUUUUCAAAAGAAACGAAAAAGAUUUUAAACUUGUAACAAAGUCUAUUCACCCCCCCUCUAGACUUUGUAUUUCACCACUUUGGGACCACCAAUUGGUAUCGGAGCAGUCUUCUCACUAUCUACAUUUAGAUUAACGAGAAGUGAUCAAAAUGGUGAACAAUAUGGAUCACGGUUUGCCCAAGUUUUCUCUUCUAGGUUAUGAUGAUUGGAAGAUCAUGAUGGAAGCACACCUUUACGCUCUACAUGAUUGCAUGUGGAUGGUGCUUGAGGAUGGACCCUUGAAAAUCCAAAUGGAGAAUCCUGAGAGGAAUCCAGCAACUCAAGACGUAGUCCAGUACAUUCCAAAGCCCAAGGAAAAAUGGGAUGAUAGAGAUUGCAAAAAGCACAAUCUGGAUAACGUCGCCAAAGCAGCCAUCUUCAAGACACUUGACCCCAUCACCUUCUCCAAAAUUAAGCACCUCAAGACUGCCAUGGAGAUAUGGCAAGGUCUUGGGAAGCUAUGUGAGGGUUCAGAGGACUUGAGAAAGCAGAAGAUAGAAGUCCUGCUUGAGAAGUUCAAAAGCUUCAAAAUGCUUCCCGGAGAAUCAUUUGAUAUGCUGGAUGAAAGAUUCCACAAAAUCUUGAAUGAUCUUGCAUCACUUAACCACGUUCUUUCUCCCAAAGAAAAGAAUGUAAGGUUGCUGAGAUCUCUUCCAACUGAGUGGUACACCAAAGCCACAGCCAUGGAAGAAGGAAGAAAUCUGGAGAACUACACUGUUCAAGGUCUUCUUGAUGAGCUCAGAACCUAUGAGCACGAGCUGAAGAAGAAGAAGGAAGAACAAGUCACUCCCUUCCCCACGGCACUGAUGACAACUCCAAGAGUCCCAUCAAGUGAAGGGACAUGCCCAAGGAACUGUGACACACCCUCCUCCAGCCAGCCGUCAAGUUCAAAAAUGGAGAACUACGAUGAGGAAUUUGCCAUGAUGGUCAAGCAAUUCCGGAAGUUCAAAAAGUUCUUCAAGAAAGCUGACUCAGUCAGAAGGCCAUCCAAGGGAAAGCCACAGGCGUUCAGAGUCUUCAACAAAAGAACCAUGAUCACUGAAGAGUCAAUACAUGUCAUUUUUGAUGAAAAACAUGUGAUUGACAAACCAUCAAAACAUGAUCAUGAGGUUCUGGAUUUAUCAGACAAGGAUGAAGAAGUCAAUAAAGAAGAUAGAAUGAAGCCCACGGAAUUCAUUCCAUUCAGAAGUCUGCCUCUGAAGAUUUCACAGAGAAAUCCGGAUUCAGACGGUGCUGAGCCCUCCGGAAAUUUUGGCCAGCCUUCCAAUAUUCCGGAUAUCUCAAACGGCGACAAUUCCGGAAAUGGCGACCCAGUGCCAAUCCAUCCGGAAACACCAACAACUUCUGUUCUUCAACCAGAAGCUGAACUAGAUCAACCAGUCAAUCCCAAUCAACACAAUCUUCGUUGGUUAAGGGAUCAUCCUUCUCAACAGAUCAUUGGAGAUAUUCAAUCUGGUGUUCGCACAAGGAGUGCCCAACAGAAUCUAGAAGCUAUGCUUGCCUGUUUCAUCUCACAAAUGAUAGCCGCUCAAGAACUCUCCGAAUUUCUUCAAAUAGAGAUUCGCCUCAAAUUCGAGGAAGAAGUUCUUGAAUUCUACAGAAAUGGAGAAAUCAAAUCUGCUCAGUCAAAGAAAAAUCCACAGAGCACAUUUCCAGUCAUCAAGUCCACUGUUGGAGGCUCAAAGGUGAAGCUUUCGCAGAAGAAAUUGGGAAGAAGGCUUCGCCUUCCCAAUUCUGGAGUUGAAGUUGGGAAAUUUCCAGUCAAAAAUCUGGACUGGAACAUCAUUGGAAUUUCUAGGCGAACUCGUUCUGGCCCAGCAAAGAAAGCAGAUCUGAACAACGAUUACAAGUUGAUUUUGGAACUGGUCAUCGCCUGCCUCGAAUGUGGGAGUGGAGGUCAUGCCGAUGACAUCACCCAGGAGAGAGCCUUCAUCAUCAACGCUCUCAUUACCAAAACUAAG